CCCCCGAGGAAGUGACGGCAGGAGUGCCCUUGACUGACGGGGAGGGCCGGGCCGUGCAUCCCUCCGCUCGCGCUGCAGGGAGAUGGCUCAGCGACUUCUCCUGAGGAGGUUCCUGGCCUCCAUCAUCUCCAGGAAACCGCCUCAGGGUCGGUGGGCACCCCUCACCUCCAGGGCCGUGCGGUGCAGUCCUGGUGACCUCACAGUAACACCCAACCAAGCCCGGUCAAUAUACACCACCAGAGUCUGCACAACGACCUUUAAUAUCCAGGAUGGACCUGACUUUCAAGACCGAGUUGUCAACAGUGAAACACCAGUGGUUGUGGAUUUUCACGCACAGUGGUGUGGCCCGUGCAAGAUCCUGGGGCCAAGGUUAGAGAAGGUGGUGGCCAAGCAGCAUGGAAAAGUGGUGAUGGCCAAGGUGGAUAUUGACGACCACACAGACCUCGCCCUAGAAUAUGAGGUGUCCGCCGUGCCGACCGUGCUGGCCAUCAAGAACGGGGAUGUGGUGGACAAGUUCGUGGGCAUCAAGGACGAGGACCAGCUGGAGGCCUUCCUGAAGAAGCUGAUUGGCUGACACGCAGGGAAGAAUCCUGGUGGCCCUUGCCCACCUGGGCCCCGGGGUUCCAGGAGGGCCCCCGCUACAGCUCAGACCUCCUGUGCUGGCCCUUCCUGCCUCCUCCCUUCUGUCCAGCCCCUGUGGACCCGUGCUUUGGAGACCAGGCCCCCAAACCCUGGGAGCCUCCGGGGCUUCCGGGCCGGCUGACUGCCACUGACCUGGGGACAGCCGUCUUCCCACCCACUCUCUUGCCUGCUCCCACCAGGGCUCGCCUUAGUUCCCCCAGGAUGCUGGAGAGAGCCCCAGGCCAGCCAGCCCGCGGUGCACCGGGCCAAUGGCGGCUGCGUGUCCCUGGCCCCUUCCGAUCUGCACCCCGGUGCCUGGCCCAUCUGCCUCCUGCAGUUUUUCUUCCCUGCUGCUGUUUUGUAAAAUAGAAGAGGAAAAAAGAAACCCAAACAAGUGAGAGUAAUAUAUAAUUCUCUCAUUUUUUGUAGGUCUGUAAUAAAGAACUUUAUGUGAUCCCUUCUACCUCCUGCUGUGAAGAACAGACCCUGGGCCCCACACUAAAUUACCCUGUAGCCACCGCCCCGCCCCCCCGCUCCCCCAAAGAGCCACCUUCCUUCCUUCCCAGGCACGAGGGCGGAGAGCAUGCACUGGGCAGAGGGACGGGGGAGUCAGGCCCCUGCCUCUGGAAGCCUCACUGUGAACAAACCGGACCAAUAAAGCCAGGGUUUGCUCUGUC